CUGGUGGGUUCUGGGGGAGACUGUGCAGGGAGGCUGGAGGUUUUUCACAACGGCUCAUGGGGGACAGUGUGUGAUGACUCCUGGGAUAUUAAAGAUGCUCAUGUGGUGUGCAGACAGCUGCAGUGUGGAGUGGCCCUCAGUAACCAGCAGGUACCAGCCUGGUUUGGUCCUGGUUCUGGACACAUAUGGCUGGAUGAGGUGGAGUGUGAGGGGAAUGAGACGUCCCUGUGGAGCUGCUCUUCUCCAGGCUGGGUAAAACAUGACUGUCAACACAAGAAGGAUGUAGGAGUCGUGUGCUCAGAGUUUAAAGAGAUCAGGUUAACUGAGGGCUGUGAAGGGAAUGUGGAGGUUUUCUACAAUGGAUCCUGGGGUAAUGUGUGCUGGAACCAGAUGGACAGAGACACAGUGAGUCUGAUCUGUCAAGAGCUGAACUGUGGAAGAUCUGGUGUUUUGUCUGAAUCUGCAGCAAGAGUGAAGUCAGCUCCUAACUGGCUGGAUAAAGUGAAGUGUCGACCACAUGAUUCAUAUCUGUGGCAGUGUCCAUCUUCACCCUGGGGACAGAAUGACUGUAAUAGUAAGGAUGAAGUGGCCAACAUUACCUGCUCAAACAGUGUGAAUGUGAGGUUGGUGAAUGGUAAUAGUAUCUGUGAUGGUCGAGUGGAGGUUCUUCAUGAUGGACAGUGGGGAACAGUGUGUGAUGAUGCCUGGGAUAUUGCUGAUGCUGAAGUGGUCUGUAGAGAGCUGGACUGUGGGAGGGCUGUUAAAGCAACAUAUGAAGCUCAAUUUGGAGAAGGAUCAGGUGAAAUCUUGAUGGAUGAAGUGGCCUGUAGUGGAUCAGAGUCAACACUGAAGAACUGUACAUUCAAUGGAUGGGGUGAUAGUGACUGUGGUCAUAAUGAAGAUGCUGGAGUCAUCUGCUCAGACUCAGAGCAAAGACUUCGACUUUUGGAUGGGUUUCACCUGUGUUCUGGAAGAGUGGAGAUGCUCCGUUCUGAAGGAUGGGGUUCAGUGUGUGACGCUGCCUUUGACCAGAAGGAUGCAGAGGUUGUGUGUAGAGAGAUGAAAUGUGGGGCUCCUGUACAGGUGGUGAGAGCAGCUGCUUUUGGUAAAGGGAAAGACCGUGUUUGGUCAGAGGAGAUUCAGUGCAAAGGAAGUGAAUCUCAAAUACAAAUCUGUCAGCGAUCGACUUACCAGAUGCAGAGCUGUUCCCAUGAAAAUGAUGUGGGAGUGAUCUGUUCUGGUUACACUGAUCUCAGGCUGGUAAACGGUUCAGACUCUUGUUCUGGAAGAGUGGAGCUUCUGUUUCUCAAUGAUUCGGGCACAGUGUGUGAUGCAUGCUGGGAUAUGAGAGCUGCCAGUGUCCUCUGUAGACAGCUGAUGUUGGAGUCAUCUGCUCUAGUGAACAGUGAAGCUCAUCUGGGAAACUGCAGCUCUCCACAAACUCUCAACUGCAGCUCCACACAACAGCUGUCAGUCACAAAAUUUGGUCGUGGGUCCAUCAGGCUGGUGGGUUCUGGGGGAGACUGUGCAGGGAGGCUGGAGGUUUUUCACAGCGGCUCAUGGGGGACAGUGUGUGAUGACUCCUGGGAUAUUAAAGAUGCUCAUGUGGUGUGCAGACAGCUGCAGUGUGGAGUGGCCCUCAGUAACCAGCAGGUACCAGCCUGGUUUGGUCCUGGUUCUGGACACAUAUGGCUGGAUGAGGUGGAGUGUGAGGGGAAUGAGACGUCCCUGUGGAGCUGCUCUUCUCCAGGCUGGGGAAAACAUGACUGUCAACACAAGGAGGAUGUAGGAGUCGUGUGCUCAGAGUUUAAAGAGAUCAGGUUAACUGAGGGCUGUGAAGGGAAUGUAGAGGUUUUCUACAAUGGAUCCUGGGGUAAUGUGUGUUACAACCAGAUGAACAGAGACACAGCGAGUCUGAUCUGUCAAGAGCUGAACUGUGGAAGAUCUGGCAGUGAACCUGGUAAUUCAGAGGGACUGAAGUCACACAACUGGCUUGAUAAUCUUAAGUGUCGUCUACAUGAUUCAUAUCUGUGGCAGUGUCCAUCUUCACUUUGGGGACAGAAUGACUGUGAUAAUGAUGAAGUGGCCAAAAUCACCUGCUCAGAGGAUCAGAUUCUUGAGUCACCUCAGAGUUUUCUGACAUGUUCUACCUCACCAUCUCCAUACAAGAGACAGUGUUCAAAUCAUGUUCCUCUCAGACUGAGUGGAGGGGACGGCCGGUGCUCUGGGACAAAAGAGUUCAAUACUGCAUAUUAUGAUGAUGUCACCAAUGGCAGUGGCCUAAAAGGUCAGUGA